ACAGACCGAAGCGAAGCUCCCUUCAAUCUCCUCGACCUCCGGGCGCUCCGUGCUCACUCUCUGAGUCUCCGCUGUCAUUGUGGCCGUUUUGAAACGCACAUGCGGUUCGUCGAUCGCCCGGUAACGGAGUAUAAGCUGCGAUGAGUGCUUUCUGCCGCCUGCUCCACAGAGGACUGCUCAGGCUGCGGCCGUCAUGCCGCUUGUUCCCCGGUCAGCAGGACGUGUGUGGGGGGGCCCCGGUGGCCCCGGUGGCUCUCACGGUCCGGGCAGCGAGCUCAUCCAGCCCGGUGAACUUGACCUAUGAUGUCUUCGAUGGGAAGGGGGACAGCACUCCCCUGGUGUUUCUUCACGGCCUUUUUGGCAGCAAAUCUAACUUCCACUCAAUAGCGAAGUCCUUGGUGCAGCGCACAGGCCGAAAGGUGCUGACUGUAGAUGCCCGUAACCAUGGCAACAGCCCUCACAGUUUGGAGCUGUCCUAUGAAGCGAUGACCAAUGAUUUGAAGCACCUCCUCGCCCAGCUGCACAUUGAGAAGUGUGUCCUCAUCGGCCACAGCAUGGGAGGGAAAACGGCCAUGACGACCGCCCUGUCGCAGUCUGGUUUAGUGGAGAGGCUGGUGGUAGUGGACAUCAGUCCAGCCCAGACCACCACACGCACCAACUUUCGCUAUUACAUCCAGGCCAUGCAGGAGGUGAAGAUCUCCAGCGACAUCCCACGCUCCACCGCCAGGAGGAUGGCUGAGGAUCAGCUGCGCAGUUUAGUCAAGGAGCGCUCAGUGCGUCAGUUCCUGCUCACUAACCUGGUGGAACAGAAUGGCCACUAUGCCUGGAGGGUCAACCUGGAGGCCAUCGCAGCGCACCUUGAAGACAUCAUGAGCUUCCCCAGCUUUGACACAGUCUAUGACAGACCUACAUUGUUUUUGGGUGGAGCCAGUUCUGCUUAUAUCAGCUCCGACGAUUACCCAGAAAUCCAGAGGCUGUUCCCUAACGCUGACAUCCAGUACAUCCCAGAUGCGAGCCACUGGAUCCACGCAGAUAAACCCUUAGAUUUCAUCAGCUCCAUCAGCUCCUUCCUCCAGUCCUAGCUGCCUCCUGCCUCCGCCUCAGGACCUUUUCAAUGCUCAGCACUCCUGAGCGAGCCCUCACUGAAAAUGACGGUUAGUAUUCUGCAGCCUCAGCAAGAGCAAGUGGAGUCAUGAAUUAUGCUAAUAUUUGCCAACACUGGACCAAACGUACCCUUUACAGCAGCCAAUCCUCCUCCUAACAAUAUUAGUGUAGCGUAGCGUAGGAGAACAAUUCUUUUGUUUUCUGCUAGACGCGUAGUCUUACCAGAUUGGCUGGUUCUUAGAUGUGUCAUCAUUGAUUUAUUGGUCAGUAGGUAGACAAUAUAUACUUUAAUGGGGCUGUUUUGGAGGUGAUGUACUAAUCCAAAGACACUCUCAUUUGCAGAGUGCUUUCUUUAUGUUAUGCCAGUAGGAAUCGCAGCGUUAGGCCAAGUAUAAUCCGGGACUGCUGAGGUGGACACGCAGUAAGAUGGUUGGAUAAUUCAGUUUUGACAGCACUGGAAUAGAAGAAAUACUGUAUGAGAAGCUGAGUUAAGAAUAUUAUGAGCAAAAGAUGUUUCUUUGCCGAGGGAGUUUGUUGUUGUGUCAGGUUUGACUCUGCAGAGAGGCUGUAUACAGACUUUACGUGUACAGAUGGUUUGUUGUAGAGACUUAUUUUGAUGUUGAUAAUUGUGAUGUAUAUUCAAUAUUUUGGCCUGGAACUAUUUCUCAAGGUCCUGUGUACCUGCUGGACGUCAGAGAUGAGGAUUUACAGGUCAAUGACUCAAGGUCACCGAGGUUAUAUUUUUAUGGCAAGAUAAUCUAUAAUCUAUAAACAUAUUCUAUGAAAACCAAUCUGUUUCCUGAAUAUCUCAGGUUAAAAGUGGAUAUGCUAAUUAUUAAACGAUUAUACUCUUCUCCUGUCUGUCAAUAAGCCGUGGUAAUGUAGUUAUGUCUUUGUAUUUGUCCACACAGUAUUUUGAUUAAACAUGUUUUACCGA